AACAGCAGUAAAUAAAUAUUAACCAUGGAUCUUAAAGGUUCCCUUGUUGAUACAAAUAUAAAAAUAUUCCCCUCAGAAGAACUAAGUAAUUUUAUAAAAAAUAUACCCAAUGAUGAUAUCCCUAGUAACAUUUUAAAAAUUAAAAUGAAUGAUAUAAAACUAGUAUCUAAAAACAUGGUUGAAGCGAAAGAGGUUUGCCUAAAUAGCAAAGAUAUAGAAAAUAUUACUAAAGUCAAAAGGACCAUUAGUAAUAUCAAAGAAUCUAAGAAUACAGAUUCCGAUGAAAUAAAAGAAUUGACUGUUCCUAAAGAAGACAAAGAUAAUUUAGAUAAGGACAACAAGAAGAAAGAAUUAGAAGUCCAAGAGACCCAAGAUGAUGAUAAGAAUAAUAAACUUUUCUUAAACACCUCUGACUUAGAUUGGUUAUAUAUUUAUAUUAAUAAAAAAAGAGAGGAAGGAAAAGAUGUUCCAUAUUUACAUGUUCUCUUUGAAGGAUCCCAAAUUGUAUUGCCUGAAAAUGGUAUUGUUAAAAGAAAUCCCGAUUUAGAAGCCAGGUGUGUUAAACUGAGAGCUCAAAUGGAAGCAAGAGAAUAUCGUAAAAUGACAAAGAGUGUUGAUAAUGUUAGAAUGCGGUUCCCAGAGGAUAGUAUAAGCUAUCAAAUGAAACAAUUAAAUCGUCAACUUAUUGCAAUUGGCCAGUUUAUUAUAUCUAUCUUUGCUGGUUUUCUCUUUGGAUUUAGAGGAGUGGAAUGGAUGGUUGGAAAUCUAGAUUUCGGAUUCAGAUUGCUGCUUGGUGUCAUGUGUGCUUUGGUAAUUGCACUGGCUGAAAUAUAUUUCUUGGCAAAGAAGUUAAAUGAAGAAUUGAAUUUGCCAGAAACUGUACAGCUUGGUGGUCCACCAAAGUUUGUUAAUGAACCUGACAAUGGAUACAAAUAUAAUGCAUGGGAUAAAAAAGAACAUCAGGACUAGAAAAGUCUAUCAUUGUUUUAAUAGCUAUCGCAUGAAAUGGGAUUAAAGGAUAAAUAAUUGAAAUGGUCUAUUUCAAAAUAUUGCUAUAAAUUGUAUUAAUUUAUGAUAAAAUGAUUACUUCAAUGUUUAAUAUUGUCAAACUCAAAAUAAUUGAGGUCAGCUAAUAUUUUUCAUUUUGGUAAAUAUAAAUCACUAAAAAUAUUUCAUUAUUUCUGUUUUGAUUUAAAUUAAUAGUUAUCUCCAUAAAUU